ACUGGAAGUGUGCGUUAUAAACCAACACACACUACCACUCUCCUAUUUACGGCUUUAAGCACAUUAGUUUGGAUCCAAGCUUAAGUAUUUGCAUUGAUUAAGCAAGACUGUCUCCAAAUAGACUAAGUUUGGGUGAAGAGGAUGAAACAAGACACAGUGCGAAGUGCCAGUUACACAGUGGAGUGUGAAGAUUAUGUCCAUGUGGUAGAGUUCAGUCCCUUUGAAAGUGGUGCUGCAGGUGCCCUCCUUGCCUAUGGCGGAAACCAGUAUGUUGUGGUGGGAACAUGUAGAUUCCAGGAGGAGGACACAGAAGUGGAUGGCAUUGAAUACACAACUCUGCGUGUGUUCCACCAUGGAGUUCGUGUGGAUGCUAUUGCUUGGAGCCCAGAGUCAAGAUUAGAUGCUCUUCCUAAACAGAUCAGGUUUUGUACAGCAUCUGCAGAUAGAAAGCUGAGGAUUUUAACAUCUGAUCUUCAGGACAGACAUGAGGUCAAGGUAAUGGAGGGCCAUUCUGAUUAUAUCAACGACUUGGUCUUCGAUCCAAGAGAGGGUCAACAGAUUGCUUCAGUUAGUGAUGACCAUACUUGCAGGAUCUGGGAUUUAGAUGGAAGUCAAAAAAUAUCGUUUCUGCUCCGCUCUCCUGGAAUGAGUGUCUGCUGGCAUCCAGAAGAUGCUUUUAAGCUAAUGGUAGCAGAAAAGAAUGGAGUGGUGCGGUUCUAUGAUCUGAUUACCCAGCAGGCUAUCCUGUCCUUGGACUGUGGACUGACGCCUCUCAUGUCAGCUGACUGGUGCUUUGCAAACACGAUAAAAGUUGGAGCAGUUGCAGGAAAUGACUGGGUUAUUUGGGACAUCACUCGUUCCAGCUACCCUCAAGAAAAGAGACCUGCUCAUGUGGCUCGUACCAGAUUGUUCAAGUGGUCCAAAGCAAAUGAAAAUAUUUUUGCUACCACUGGAUGCCCAGGGAAGAUAAACAGUCAGCUGCUGGUACAUCACUUGGGUCACCCUCAGCCCAUUAUGAUUGGAUCAGCCUCAGUAGGGGCGGGGUUGAGCUGGCACAGGACCCUCCCACUUUGUGUAAUUGGUGGAGACCGCAAGCUUUCCUUCUGGAUGACAGAAAUGUGAACGUACACCCAUUUUGCUGCUGUCUGUAUUGUAUAAAAAAUAAAUAAAAAAAUUAACAAACAUGUUGUGAUUUAAAUAAAGACUUGUUUUUGUACAUUUUGUGUGAACCUCUGUCACUUUGAUUUACCUUUUUGCAACUUUAAUUGCUGCUGUAAAACAAAUAAAAAAAAAAGAAGCGGCUUUUAUUUUAUUUUUUAAAUGGCAUAUGUUGUUCGUAUAAUACCACAUGUUUAUGUUUUGACACAAAUAAAUGAUAAAUAGUUUGGUUAAAUGUCAGAAUAUGGCAAGAAAAUCAAGCGUUUUAAAAGAUUAUCAUUUUGUGUAGUAUGUCAAGCUAUGAGUUUAAAGCUGGAUGUGUUGGAGGAAAAUGCAGCACUGGAAGAGUUUUUUAAAGAAACAAACCGUGACCAGGAACCAAAAACCAGCAAAUGGAUAGAACUGCCAGUAGUGUUUUUAAAAACUAAAAGGAAACCAUUCCAAUGCAUAUGGUUAUUUAAAUGUGCAGUCUUCCUGUUUAUUCUUGAAUAAUUUUAUGUUUCAUAAUUUCAUGUUUCAUGUCCAGUUCUGGACAAUGGAGGUAUUUUAUUUAAUGAUAAAGUGACUGUAAACACGGACAUAAAUGAAGGUUAAUUAAAAAUAUCAAAGACUGAUCCUUAACCUUGUGAAGAGAUCGCUGCUCCAUUAUUCCUUAAUACAGGAACUGUACUGUCCUGGGAGAUUUGUCAAUUACUAUAAAGCCAUAAAUAUUUGGCGAAUCACACCCAUAAAACCUAUUUUGUUCCAGAAAU